CAGCGAAAACAAACAGGCCUCUUGUCUCGCUUCAACUUAUUGCACUGGUUCAGCGGUACAGCGAAAACGAACAGACGUAUUGUGUUUCACUGAGAUGAGAUAUCGAUGUUGAUCGAUAUUCACACACACUAUUCAUAUUGGCACGCAUUUUCUACCGAACUUUGUAAGAUCGACCGCGAGUAAAUUCCAACGUCGCUGCUAUACAUGAACCGGAGGGAUGUUGAAAAAGAAAAAUGUCCACCGGUGUUUUCGAAUGAUGUAUAUGCGAAAGAUGCAAAACGAUCAGCAAGUGUAAGAAAGUAUGGUGAAAUCAGAGCGGUGAAAAAAUAUAUCGAUUUCAAGUGUAGCUGUAGUAUCUUAAGGCACAUUAGGCUAGGCUCUCUAAGAGAUAUGAAAAUUAUUCUCGUGAUGAGACAGAUCUCCAUUUCUGCAAGACAGAGACUCAAGAUUGCGAGGACGACGUGGCUGUAGUUCCGCACAAAGAACGAGGUCUGCGAACGAUCGCAUUACCGAUCUUUCUGGAGCAAUUAGUUGCGCAAAACUCUGAUCUGCAAGCUACGUAAUUUCCUUCGUACGUAUUUUCGUUCAACUUUCAUUCAUGCGCGAAAGCAAUAAACGUGCAUUGACAUCACUUUAUGUACAUAAAAUUUAUCUUCUCUUCGGAGCGAACGAUUCCCUCCUCCGAAUUCUCUGGAUCAGGUCGGACCAGCGACACGUCGAUUUUACUUGUAACAACAUCUGUAUAAUUGACCGAUAUCUACCUACCAACCACACACACACACACACGAAGGCAAAGACAAAUUCGAUAUGACAUUGCGUAUAUCCUUGAGUCGAUCCGAAAUAUAGGUCAAAUAUUAUAUAUUUAUGUCCACGCGUAAGAGUACAUAUAUAUAUACAUAUAUAUAUCGGGACGUUUUUAAAUAUUUAUAAUAAAAAAAUAAAGAAAUCUAUGUGUGGUAGUUGUGGGAUUGACUUUCUUGCGUCGCGCGGACCCCCCGGGGUGGAAGAAUCGCGAGUAUUACCCCGAAGUGUCGUUAAUUCGAUUUUGGCUGCGCUCUUGACAAGUCAUCAACAAUACAUAUGUAUGUACAUAUAUAUGUGUGUGUAUACAUUUUGCGAUUUAUUGUUACACUAUUAAUUCAAUCCACGUUUACCGUUACUUCAGUAACGAAUCGAAGUGAAAUUCAAAAUGGUGACAGUCACGGGAAGCCGGUAGACGUUUCGAUGGUUUCUCGUCAUUGGUGCCGUCCGCAACGCGCUUUAUCAACAGCGUGAUACAUCAUGUAUUACUCGAGAAUGAUAAGGGUAUUAGGAUAAUUGCUAUUUGGCGCGUACUAAUCGCAAAUGCGCAACGUCAACACUCGACGAACCUAACCUCGUCGCGACUCACCGGAGGAGAUUAAUGCUGCGAGUACUCGCACAUGGAAUCACACCUUGCGCGCCAGAUAUGCGUUGAAAGGGUCACGCUACGUUGCUCCGCACUUUCAAAGCUCGAGGGAGAUGUGAAACACAGGAGGAUCUCGCGUCAUGCGAAACUCACAAUAAAGAAGGGUCGAAGCAGGAAUUACCGAGUGCAGCACAUUUGAAAUCCCUUCUAAAAUGAUCUCCCAAAUGUCGCACGUGAUGACCCUCGCCAACAGCAUCAUAGGCGUAAGCGUCCUGGCGAUGCCGUUCUGCUUCAAGCAGUGCGGCAUCGUACUGGCGAUCUUAGUGUUAUUACUGUGCAGCAUCCUGUCUCGGCUCGCCUGUCACUUUCUCGUCAAGUCUGCUGUAAUAUCGAGGAGACGCAACUUCGAACUACUGGCUUUCCACGCAUUCGGUCAUAUGGGAAAGUUUCUGGUAGAGCUCUUCAUCAUCGGCUUCCUCCUGGGCACAUGCAUCGCCUACUUUGUCGUAGUCGGCGAUCUGGGACCACAAAUAAUCGGCAAGAUGAUGAACAAGACUCCAGGGGACAUUCGCACCAGUCUGCUGAUUGUCACCGGUGUCCUCAUAGUUUUGCCUCUAGGAUUACUUCGAAAUAUCGAUAGUCUGUCUAGCAUUUGCACAGCCACUAUUGUCUUCUACCUCUGCCUUGUGCUAAAAGUAAUGGGUGAAUCGACCCAGCAUAUCUUCGCCGGAGACUGGUACGAGAGUAUCAAUUAUUGGAGACCAGCAGGUAUCCUGCAAUGCCUACCGAUAUUUUCCAUGGCUCUGUUCUGUCAGACACAGCUGUUCGAGAUCUACGAAACCAUUCCGAAUGUAUCGUUAGAGAAGAUGAACGACGUUGUACGAGGAGCGUUAAAUAUAUGUACCGUUGUAUACAUGUGCGUUGGCUUGUUCGGUUACAUUGCAUUCUGUACCCAAUCGUUCACAGGGAAUAUCUUGCUGAGUUUCGAGCCGAGCGUUACGUCCGAACUGAUUAAGAUGGGAUUCGUAUUCUCGGUCGCAUUCAGCUUCCCUCUAGUCAUUUUUCCGUGUCGCGCGAGCUUGAAUUCCCUCUUGUUCCGGCGGGUGCACACCCACGAGCCGUCUGUCAAUUAUCUGCCGGAAUCCAGAUUUCGUUGUCUCACCAUCGCUGUAGUCAGUAUCUCGUUGAUCAUCGGUAUUCUGGUGCCGAACAUCGAGUUCGUUCUCGGCAUCGUGGGCUCCACUAUCGGAGUGAUGAUCUGCUUGAUAUUCCCGGCAGUAUUUUUUAUAUCUAUAAGUAGCAAAAACACCAACGAGAGACUGUUGGCGCAGGGUAUUUUAAUCGUCGGUGUUUGGAUCAUGGUUCUCGGUACGUACGCGAAUCUGUACGCCAUGGAGGAGUCUACGAACACAAAAUUGACGGUGACGAACAAGCCAUUGGUUCCGGUCAAUAAUCUACCAUUGAACGUAAUGAAGGACGACUUACAGGUCAUUCCAAACGCUCCCAGUAACCUGGAGCUCAUUCCGAGAGUCAAAGAGAAAAUAAAUAAACCCGAGAUGAAUAUCCUCGAUAAAGCGUUGGACGUGAAAACGAAAGACGUUCGACAAGAGCCGCCGAUACCUGUCGAACGUGUGAUCGUCACCGAAAAACCGAGUGCCGAGAAGUCUGACAAGGUAGCAUCCGGCAGCCUUGCGCCUGAAGUAAAAGAGGCCGGAACUGCGAAGACGUUGAACUCGGACGUCCAGUCGCAGAUCGCCGAUGUCGCUAAGCUCGACGAGUCCGUCGUCACGUUGAAGGCGGAAGAGAAGAUCAAGAUGAUCGAGGAGAAAGAACGAUCCGUCGACUUGCAGAAGAACGACAAUCUCAUCAAUCUAGACGCGAUAAAGAAGGAAGAGUCCGAGUUAGCUGCCGACGGGGACGUCGCUAACGCCAGGGCCGCGGAACGACAUGAGCAGCUGAGGAAGACACUGGAGAAGCACAAGUUGGAGCAACGUCAGAUGAUGCAGGAACAGAAGGAGAUAUUGAAGGAUAUCAAGGAGCAGAAGCAGGAGUUUGAGAGGGAGAAGCAAAGAAUGGCGAAGGACGACAUACUCAAGAAGAGUGAAAAGAAGAUUAACGCGGAGGACACCUUGCCGGAAAGCGGCAGGAGGGUCGCGGAGACCAACGAAGUCAACAUCGACAAGAGCAGGCGUAACAAGGAAGUUUUGGAAAAUAAAGAGCGGGAUGUGGCGGACAAGGUGAAAUCAAGCGAAAAGCUGCGUACGCCGGACGAGGCGAACGACGUGAACGUUGCGCCCGAGAAAAAGUCGGAUGCGCUCCUGGAAGUCUCUCGGAACGUAAUUGCGGAAAAGACGCAAGAAUCGCGGGCGGAUGCCGCGGUGGACAGAUCUCUUCCCGCUGACAAAGAGGCGGUCGAUCUGGAAGCACCCAAGAGACCAUCGAUAUAUAAAAAAUCGUCGAUACAUAACGACGAGAUGAAGGCAGGCAGGAUAGAAUUUAACGACUCGGAGAGCAUGAAAGGUCCCGUUCUGAACGUUUUGUCGAAGGGGGCUCUGCAGAAAUCCAUUGUGGAAGAGGGACUCGCGAAGGAGAUCGACGAUCGUCAGAUGAAAGAGGAGAAGAGAGAAAUCCUCACGAACGAAGUUAUCAACGCGUCGGACAAGCAGCAAGAACACUACGACGACUCUCGCUUUUCCGUGCCUAUAGCGCUGAAAAUGAGCAAUCAGUCGAGGUCCUACAACGUGAUCGCAUCGUCGCCGAACAAAAGUGAGCCUCAGGCAAUGCUCAGGGAUAUUCUGGAGAAUAACGAGCGUGAGAAGAGGGACGUUGGCGCGGAGAUGAAUGCGAGCGACGCGCGAGUCGGUGACGAUCGUUUGGCCGAGAGAUCCGAGUCGUUGCUGAAAGAUGACGGAGAUCGGGACACCUGCACGAAGUUACGGGCAAGUUCCGAGAAGCCAGAGGCGGAAAAGGAGUCUGAAGAGGGAGCGUUUAAACCUAGCACAACCGUGGAAGCGCUCUUGAUUAAGACAAACGUAUACUUGUCCGAACAAGCAGUGACGAAGAUGAUCCCGAUGCGGGUUGCGUUGGACACGGAGUACAUGAGUAUGAAACAAAGAGAUUUGAAAGCUUUGAACUCCAAGGACAAUACGGAGAUAUAGAUAUCCUGUGGACGAAGACGACACAAUUCCUCUACAGCAUAAUAUUAGAUGAAUUUAUUUAUGAUGCAGGGAUCGGUCGAUCGCUGGUCUUCUCUACCAAUCGUGUUAUAUAGCUUAUUUAUGUGUUUAACAAUUAGAGCAUGAAAAUUGCUUUUGAAUUUAACGUGAUGAAUUGUCAUCAGAAUUGUGCGAUGUUUUAGAACACAGAUUUACAAUAUACUUUACGAUAUGUCCACCAACUUAUGAAAGAAUAUGUGCUGUAUGAAUGCGGAUUUAUUUAUAAUAUUAGGUUGAUUAAAAUCUAUUUUUCUUUCCCGUACUAAUCACUUUUCUUCGUUUUAUCUAUUGAUAGAACGUAGAAAAAUGAACCUUCUUGAUCAAUCUAAUAUUC